GAUCCACCAGCGGCGGCGGCAGCCAUGAACAUCUUCAAGAAGAAGGUCGACCCCAAAGAGGCUCUCAGGACUAGCAAGAGGGAGAUGGCGGUUGCUACACGGGGAGUUGAGAGAGAGAUUGGCUCCCUGCAAAUGGAGGAGAAGAAACUAGUUGCAGAGAUUAAGAAAACUGCUAAGACAGGAAAUGAGGCUGCAACCAAAAUCCUAGCUCGGCAACUUGUGAGGCUUAGGCAACAAAUUGUCAAUUUGCAAGGCACGCGUGCACAGAUACGUGGAGUUGCUACUCAUACACAGGCAAUGUACGCAGGCACUUCAAUUUCUGCUGGAAUGAAAGGUGCAAGCAAAGCAAUGGCAGCAAUGAAUAAGCAAAUGGAACCAGCGAAACAGAUCAAGGUUAUGAGAGAAUUUCAGAAACAAUCAAAUCAGCUGGACAUGACGCUUGAGAUGAUGUCCGACGCUAUAGAUGAAACACUCGACAAGGACGAGGCAGAAGAGGAAACAGAAGAACUUACAAACCAGGUUCUUGAUGAGAUUGGUGUUGAUGUGGCUUCUCAGCUGUCUUCAGCUCCCAAAGGACGUAUUGGAGCGACCAACAAGAGAGCUGAGAGCAACCAAGCACGAAAUGCUGCUCCACCGAGAAAAAAUGUUGAACCUGAAUCCUCUGCUGAGGUCGACGACCUGGAGAGGAGACUGGCAUCCCUUCGCCGCAUCUGAACUGCUGAAAAAUAUAUAGUGCAUCUGUGAUUCUAUAUAUGUAAAUUUGUUCUACUUGAAACAUAGUUUGUCUGAAUAUGUGCCAGUAGCUUCUAGUGUUGUAGUUGACGAAAUUGAAGUAACAUAAUUGAACCCAGGUUUGCUGAGCAGUUGAUGAAACCGACAUGCUAA